AUUUAUAAGCGUCUGUUGACUUGAGAAUCACGUGACAUGUAGACUCGAGAGAGUCACAUGAUCAGGAUGGGUUGGUUAAAGCAGACAACCAAAUUACUUAUUUUAUUAUAUUUAGUGGAUACAGUAUUGUGUCAAGAAAAAUGGCCUAUACCAUACAAGAGGUUCAAUUCUCGCCCAGAAUUCAAUUCAUACUGUCAGUCUGGAGUGGUACCAUUCUGUCCAACUGGCAGGGCUUCCAACACUAUGCCAAGAUUUGCUGACACUGAUAAAGUAGAGGUGUAUGCCCUGAAAGCUCCUGUUUUUGAAUUUAAAUUGGGAGGUCUUCUUGGUGACUUUGAUAUAAUGCAUGAUGCCAUGGCAUUUAAGAAUUUAAACACUGGAUUUAACUACACUUUGGAAUGGUAUGAGUUGGUUGAACUAUUCAACUGUACAUUUGCUCAUGUGUUAGGUAAUGAUUCAUUACUGUGGUGUAAUCAAGGUGCUGCAUGUAUCUAUGAUGGGGUGGAUGACAAACACUGGACAGAAUAUGGAACUCUGAUCAAAGUGGCUGAUAUAUCAGGCUCUCUCUAUAACAAGUUUGCAGAAUGGGUUCUACAUGAUAAUGAUACAGCCAUCUACUAUGAGACAUGGACAGUAUGGGAUAAACCUGGUGGACAGCUAUUCUUUGAUUCCUUUGACUGUGCCAGCUUCAUAUUGAGGGCUUUUGAAGAACUCGGAAACUUGGGUACGAAGUUUGACCAAAGUGUACAUCUAAACUAUACGAGGAUCAACCUGUACACAGAUCCCCCAGUGCAUCUUGGGAACUUUUCAGAGAUCCUAGCAACCAAUGAAACACUUGCAGAAGAUAUAAUUCAUUUCUAUAAACAGUUCCAGUCUCACCAGCCUAUUCAACAGUUAAUUGUUCAUCUUACGGAGGCAUACGAGGAAAUAUUUAUACAAAAUAAGUUCUUUUUGUUUUAUAAUUAUGAGUACUGGUUCUUACCCCUUAAAGCACCUCAUAUCAAGUUGACGUAUUAUGAGGUCCCUCUUCCGAAACCAAAAAAUGUUACAGACACUUUGUAUUUUGAGAAAUCCCAUAAUUGAUGAUACAAUUUUAUAUUUUUUUACAUAUCCAUGUCAUGUAGUAUUUUUUUUUAAAUGUCAUGCUCUCAAGGUUUGUCAUUUUGUUCUGAUUGGACAAAAAUGAAUAUGUUUUGUUUUGUUUUUUUGAAAAAAAUUGUAACCAAUUAUUCAGAUUCAUUCAGUAUUAGAGCGAGUGCUGUUAAUAUCAUUUUAGAAAAUUAAUCAAACACAAUUAUAAUAAUCUUAAAAUGGCAUGCCUUUAAAAGAUUUUUUUCUGCUUUCAGAAAAUGCAGUCACUAAUUAAUGAUUUUUAUAUUUCAAACUCUUAAGAUUUUUCAUUUGUUUGAAUAAUGUUACAUAUUUUUUAUAUUGUUUUAAACUGGUAAAUUAAUGUACAAAAUUAGUCAUAAAUAUUGUGUAGUGGACGUAAACACAAAUUAUGCCCAUAGCCUUGACCUUUUUAUAGAUCAUUCUUGAAAUUUAUUUUUGUUUUUUUUUAGUUGAACACACACCUUAUAUUGAAUUUUAAUAAAACAAAGCAUUAGAUUGAUAUGACACACAAACCUUGUGCCAAUAGUUGCAUUUCAUAAUUGCUUUCAUAGCAAGAGGUAUAUAUGAACUAAAAUUUAAUUAAAUUGUGAAAGUCAAUUAAAUACCAUGUGUUUGUUUGUUUGCUUUUUAUGCCGAUUUUUACACAUUUUUGGUUGGUUACCAACUUUCAUGCAUAAACUAAACAAUAAUAACCUAUUGUCUGCAAGUAACCAAUUAACUGGUACUUACCCUACACAAUCCCUGAAUCAGAGGGGAGAGACAAAUGACCAUUAGACUCAAUUUGCGAUCAAUUUUUACUGAUCAAUUUCAGGAUCAAACAAUGAAACUGCAGGAAUACAAAUCUGAUGCUCCCCUUUUGAAACAAGCCAGCAGACUAAUUUGUAUAUGACCGAGGCAUUCAGAUAUAGUAUGUAAAUUAUAUUUCUUAAAAAUGAUAUUAAAUGAGUGAGACUAAAAAAAGGUUUGGAGCACCACAGUAAAUACCGUAUUCCGGUACAUACCGGACAGGAGGCUUGAAUGAUUAAAUCUCGCCUUUUCACCUUACGGAACGAGUUUAAAACCUCUUAUUCAUCUUUUCACACUGAUUUAUAUAUAUGAUAAGGAAUGAAAAAUAUGAUAAUCAGGGAAAAAAAACAUAUUUGUCCAUUUUGUAUUCAUGAUUCUGCAAGCAUCUAGGGGUACAGCUCCAAUCCUGUAUCGAGUUAAAUCCUUCAGAUCUAGUAUAUAAAUUUUAUUUCUUAAAAAUGAUUUUAAAUUUUUUAUAAUUUAGUUAAAACUCGAUUGAAAAAGAGAACUAAGAUUGAAUGAAUAUAACUCAUUAUGUGUAAUGCUUCUAAUAAUGUGCAAUAUUUUGAUUAAAUUUGUG